AAAGAAAAAACUCUAAAACUGUCACUCUUUGGUCAAAAUUCAUCAUUGACAUAUUAAGAUGGGUGAAAGGAAAAUCGAUUUUUCAAAGCUUUCGGGCGCGUCCCUGCAACCUCAUAUAUACGUGCAUUACCAUUUUGCAUCCACCAUCAGAGAGAGAGCUUGCUAAAACGAUGGAUUCGGAUUAUUUAUAUUCUAACGUGCUUUUGACUAACAUGUUAAAGAAAGAACUUUCUAUUGAUAACCCAAAGGAAGAUCUUUCUAUUGAUAACUCAAAGGAAGAUCUUUCUAUUGAUAACCCAAAGGAAGAUCUUUCUAUUGAUAACCCAAAGGAAGAUCUUUCUAUUGAUAACCUAAAGGAAGAACUUUCUAUUGAUAGCCCAAAGGAAGAACUUUCUAUUGAUAACCCAAAGGAAGAUCUUUCUAUUGAUGACCCAAAGGAAGAUCUUUCUAUUGAUAACCCAUAUGAAGAUCUUUCUAUUGAUAACCCAUAUGAAGAUCUUUCUAUUGAUAACCCAAAGGAAGAACUUUCUAUUGAUAACCCAAAGGAAGAUCUUUCUAUUGAUGACCCAAAGGAAGAUCUUUCUAUUGAUGACCCAAAGGAAGAUCUCUCUAUUGAUAACCCAAAGGAAGAUCUUUCUAUUGAUGACCCAAAGGAAGAUCUUUCUAUUGAUGACCCAAAGGAAGAUCUUUCUAUUGAUAACCCAAAGGAAGAUCUUUCUAUUGAUAACCCAUAUGAAGAUCUUUCUAUUGAUAACCCAAAUGAAGAUUUUUCUAUUGAUAAGCCCAGGGAAGUCUCAACUGACGAGCUAUUGGAAGACACUUCAACUGAGGAGCUAAUGGAACUCCACUUAAGUGACGAGGAAAUCGAUUUCCCUUCAAUUGACAACCUGGAGAAAGUUUUAACAAUUCAGAGUAAUAAUAAUGUCGAAGAGCAAAGUGGAGAAGACAGUUACGAAAUGAUGUUACGUUACGAUGAUGAUGAUGAUGAUGAAUACUCAGACUCUGUUAUACCAACUCAACAAUUUAAUGAUUAUUGCGUGCAAAAUCAGAACAUUGUUGACAACGAUUUAGCUAUCCCACAUGAAUCACUAUUGAUAGUUCAAAAUACUCAACCUUAUUUAAAUAAUAAUAUAAAACGUUCAUUAAAAGAAAGUGAACCUAAUGCCCCUUUGUAUAUGUGUAACAUUUGUGAUGAAAACUUUAACACAACAUCAAACUUAGAAAUACACACAAAAGAAGUACAUACAAACAUAAUCGAAAAUGUAGAUGAUAAUGCACAUGUAUCGUCAAACAUGACUGUUUCUUGCGAUCAUUGCAAUUUGGAAUUUCCAAAUCCACAAUUACUGAUUGCACAUCUAUAUGAUGUAGUGGGAACAAAACAAAGAAAUAGAAAUCCCUUGUGUAAAAAUAAAACUGUGCAACAACAAAACAUUACCAGAGUUUUAAAUUCGAAUAUUUCUACUACUUAUGUGUACAGGUGCACAGUGUGUUCCUACUAUUUUAAAAAUAUCAAGAUACUUGCUAGGCAUAUGAACGAAAAACAUAAAAUUAAAAACCUGGCUUCACAAAAAAAAAUACUGUAUGACCCGAAGUGCAAGUUUUGCCCAUCCAAAUUUUCGAAAAUCGCUAGAUAUAAUGCUCACAUUUUUACAGUUCACAGAAACAUUUUGUGUUCUAAGAGUUUGAAAAAGUCAAUAAAACCUAAAAGUGCAUUUAAUCAUGAUAAAAAAGUAGAGAAAGAUGUAUUUUUAAAAACAAAUUCAUUAAACAGUAUAAAUGAGGAAGAUCCCCCAGCCGUUAAUGACACCAAAAAGAACCAUCAAGCGUAUAUUUUAAAGUCUGUCUUGUUCAAGUGUAAUAUAUGUGAUAUACUUUUUUUAAAUUCCCAAAAUGCAAAAGAUCAUGACAGUCACAUGGACAUUUUGAUUAAUUGGAAAUGUACCAUAUGUAAACAUACUUUUAUGAAAAAUGAUGAGAAAGAUCACAUGCAGCAACAUACGGUCACAAAUGAUUUUACAAUUUAUGAUAUUUCUGAUUCUCCACCUUUAUUUUUAUACAAUUGCUCAAAAUGUAAUGCACACUUUGAUGAAAAUAUCUACUUUCAACACUUUCCAGGGUGUAAGGCAGAUUAUUUUAUGAUUUCCGAAUGUGAGAGUUGUAAUAUUUGGCUGGACGUUAAUCUAAUUGGUUCACAUAACUGUCUUUAUCAAGCGGGAAGUAGUAAAUCAACUGGUUACAUUAUUGUGAAAACGGACCUCAUAAAGAAAGAUACAUUGAAUCAGGAUUUGGGUAACAUUAACAAGGAUUUAACAGUAAAAAGAAAUGUAUUAAGAACAGGAAAUGUAAGCAGUGACAUGUCUACAAAGACCAAUAAAUCAUUUAAAGUAUAUUAUUGUAAGAAUUGUAAAUGUUUUGUUAACUACUACUGUAUUAUAAAACAUAAAACCGCAAGCUGUAAAGACAGUGGUGACCCAAUAGUAUGCAUAUCAUGUGGAUUGGUUUAUCCGAAAAAAAGUAAUAGUUAUCACGCAAGGCUACACAAAAAAAAUUUAAACCUAACACUCCAAAAUUUCGAAUUUUAUGAUUUGGACAGUAAACAAUUAAUUAAUCCACCGUUUCCUGAAUUUCCGCAAUGUGGUGCUUGUGAAAUUUUUUUUGCUCGACAGAUCGAUAAAGCACAACAUUGUUGUGGUGCUCAAGACUAUACUAUAUGUCUCACAUGUAACUUGAACUUUUCCGAAUUAGGAUAUCGAAUACACAUGUUUUAUCAUAAUUUAACAUCCAGCCAUAAAUACUGCAAUGAAGAAUCCCCGUUUAAAAGAACAAAAUGUGAUUAUAAAAUCUAUCAAUGUAAAAAAUGCCAAAUAUGCAUAACAUGUGAAGAAAGUUCUCAUAAACAUGUUUGUUCUUCGCGAAUUUUAAAGUCAAAAUGUUCCAUUUGUGGACUUUAUUGGCACAAGCGUGAUUUAAAAAAUCAUAACGCUCUUCACAUAUCCGAUAGCAACUUCAUAAUUGAUAAUAUUACUUUGAUUGAUAUCAACAGUACAAAUACCAUUAACACUGAUAAUAUUCUUGCUGCAUCUACCAGCAAUAAAGUGAUUGAAAACCUUGAAACCACAGUUACAUCUCCCAAAGAAGUGGAAUUACAACAAAAAACAAAUUCCGAUCAGGGAAAAGUAGUAACGAGGAAACUAUAUAGAUGCUCGUGUGGUCUCCAUUUUUUGAAUCGUAAUUCUAUUCUGGUACACCAAAAUACGACGUGCCGUUUAAAAAAAAAUGCUAGGCAGCAAAAGUGUUCAAAGUGUGGUCUUUCAUUCGAUACAAUUACAUUUUUUAAACAUUUAGUAAAGCACCAUAGUGGUAUAGAGGAGACUACCAAAUUUCAUAUAAUUAAUAUAUCAAAAAAGACUAGAUAAAUACAAUAUUAAAAGUAACGCUAUGGGUUGUGUA